CUACGCAGUUUUGAAUCCUGAUAGUAGGCAUGUCGUCCAUGCUACUAUUUCGCAUUUAGUAUUAACCAGCCGUUUAGAGGAAAACCCGAAAACACAUCCGAACGGGCUGUCCAAGAAAUGUUUUAACAAUUUUUUUGCUAGGGCUUGUAUACUGUGAAACAAAUGAGUGAUAAACGUAGCUAGCGGCACACGGCUUCGUUGAGCCAACGGUACUGGUAUGAAAGCGGAAAUUGGAAUGGGUGGACUUUAAUCUUUGUACUCUCGCUGGAUUCUUGAACGGGAGCACGCAAAAUUAGCCGAAGACUCACUUUCAAAACAGAAGUAGCCAACGUUGGCAGGCUAGCUAACUUGGCUAGGUUUGCUGUUGUAAGUAUGGAAUUCAGUGCGGAUGCACACCGGAUAAUGAGCAUAUCAAUGGGAAAGAUUUAUAAUUCCCGCGUACAGCGAGGCGGAAUCAAGCUCCAUAAAAAUCUCCUGGUGUCCCUAGUUCUCCGGAGCGCUCGGGAGGUGUGUCUGACGAACUACGGCGGUGGCGUGUGCCUCAGCGGAUCGCACCAGGGAGAGACCGGGGAAACGGACCUGGCCACGGAACCGGAGCAGGGCCAGUUUAUUUGGGAGUCUGAGCCCUUGGCAGGCUGUGGUUCUUCGGUCGCCAGUGAAGACGAUUCGACUGUGGUUACGGAGCCAGAUAAACGCACUCACCCCACAGCCCUGCCCCAAACCGAGACUGAGGUGAGGAUAAACUCAGAUUUGGAUCACAGCUGCCGACCAACCCAGAGUGCGGGCGAGGGGGACACAUCUGGCGCUUCUUCUGCCUCAUCGGACGCCUCUGUCCUCCGCAACCCGGUUUCACCCGUAUGCGGCGCGACCGACGGUUCUUGGAUUGCGACAUCGACUCAACCUCUGCAGGCGCGCGGUUCCGGGCAGGAUGGUUCCCGGUGUGGCCUUCCCGAACCAAACUCUCAAAACCGCGGGGCAGCGUGUCGCAAAGCCUGCAGGAAAAGAGACGCGGAUGGUGUUGACUCGCCUGGAGCGGAUUCUCCGGUUAAGAAAAACAAACCGACUCUGCCCUCAUGCGACGAGGACGCGGAGGGAGAGGAGAUGGACACAAGCAACGUGUCCAGUCUCAUUAAUAUUUUUGGAGCCAGUUUUACGGGACUACUGAGUAAAGAGGGCGCCGAGGCAAAGUCAGGAGAGGGUGGUUGCGAUACUGGUGCCGGGCAGGUGUGCUCUGAACUCCCGCUGAAGACUCUGAAUCCCUGGGGAACUGCCAUUGAGGCAUUUUAACCAGCACGCAAAGCACCAGCGUAGACUUUUCAGGGAUUCAAGUGGGUGUUUUAUAGAAUUAUACGUGAUCAAGUUGUGUUACGGAGUAGGCUAAUUAUGCUGUACUAAGUCCUUGUGGGGCCCAGAGUUUAGGCUCGGCCACGUGGAAACCGUGAAAGAGGAAGAGCGGUGUGUACCGGGGUUCUCUAACUUCCUUUCACAGAUACUUCCUCAAAGUGUCUGUGUGUAGCUGUGUACUGUGAACAAAACACGUGGGCGCAAGCAGGAAGCGGAUAGAUUUUCCACUUUAGUUGGAAUCGAGUUAAAUUUUAGCUACCUGUUACAAGUACUGGUUUGCGAAGGUUUUAUGCAAAAUGAAGGUUCUCGUGUUCGGUGCUGAAUAUAUGAGAGUUGCUGUUUUAUGUGGGCGCGAGGUAACCAUGACCACUAGUUGGUUAGGGUGGGGGGAGGGGGGGGGGGCACUGUUGUGGUGUUUCCAGCGUUGGUUUUAAAGUUUCACUAUGCACGGACAGAAGGUUUAUUCGGAGGCCACAACUUUAUUCAGUUCUGUCUUUGUUUUAUAAAGACCAGCAUUUAGCCCAUAUUGUUAUUUUUGUACUUUUUUUUUUUUUGCUGUCGUUGCAUUGAAAAAGAUCUAUUUUGACAUUUGUUCUCAAAUCAUAUUUGCGCGUGCACCACGCGAAAUAAAACUUUUUAUGGAAGUA